AUGACCCCAACAGGGUUCCGAGACCUCAUCCUGUCUCUCAGUCCGGUUCCUGGUCGUGUCACUCGUCGACGUGCUCGUGAACUCGGCAUCUCGCUCCCGUCCUUGUUCAACCGCUCUAGCAUCGACAACGACCAUCACCCUUCCCCGCUCACUCCUCUUGUUGAGGAAGACGAGCCUCUUGCACUUCCCGUUUCCACCGACCUGUCCUUCUCUAGCGAUUCCUCCUCUGACGACUAUCCUCCCCCUCCUCUCUCGAUUCCUUCCAUCAUGACCAAAGCUUCCGUCGUACAGGCCGCUCCCACCAAACCUCCUGUCCUUACGGCUGGCGAUCUCACGCCCGAGACUGUGCAGGAUCUCGAGGACGCUCUCGAUCGCUUCUACCAUAUGAAGGAUGUCGCUGAUGCCAGACACAUCUCCUACGCCAUGUACGCUUUCCAAGAUCGUCAGAUUUCGGACUGGAUCACUACCAAUCGCGUCACUCUCAAAGAACUCUCUGUCGUGGACUUUUUCACGAAGCUCAGGGACC